GAUUAAAAGCGAUAAUGGAUCACCAGUUACGUCAUACAUUCUGCAAUGGGAUAAAGGAGAGAGUGAUGGACAGUUUGAGGAAAUAUAUGAUGGUCGAAAUAAACAGUAUAAGUUUAAUCAUAAAUUUCCACCGAAAACGACAUAUCGCUUCCGUGUUAAAGCAAUAAACAAAAUUGGUGAAAGGUACGUUAAAGUACAGCUGGUAUAAAAGUUAAAACAUUUCGAAGGAUAGUGUCAUAUUCUGAUUGAAACAGGUUUGGGGAAUAAAAAUUUCAAUCUUUAUCUAGUUUAGAGCACACAAUAGCUUUACAGAGAAGUAGAAACAUUGAUGGUUUUGUUUUUUGAAGCAAAUACUGAGUUUUAUAAUACAUGCAGGCAUGUGUUAUCAGCCUCAACCUACGACUGUAGGUAAUAGGAUAUGAUGUGACAAAAACGUCAUUAAAUAAUUUCUUAUUUAUGCACUUGACAAUCGCAAGUCGCGUCAGUUAUUUUAUCUUAGCAGGAAUUGUGUUAAUCAGAAUAUAUAAUUUCUUUGUUAUAAUUGCAUGCGUAUAAAAGUUGUGCAAUUGUUUUCUAUGUGGGCAUGCAGGCAAUGACUUUUUUAGGUAAUGUAUACAGCAAAAGUGGCCGUGCAUGGUGUAUCAAAAAUGCAAACUCGAGCCGAGGGCGAGAGGUUGUGUGUCUGAUACUAUAUAUAACACGGAGGCUAAUGAUGUUAUAGCUUGUGAAAUGUGAAAAUUUCAACGGUUGUGUUUCUCUGGACGACUUACGCGAACAAGAAAAGUGGCACGACUCGUCGUGUCUCCUGUGUCACAACGUGCCCAAGGAGCAGACUAUGCACCUAAGCACUGCACAGCGAUUAUUAUUGCAUUGAGUUUAAAAGUGUCCUUAUAUUUUAGUGAAUUUAGUCCAGAACUUCACUACACUUCAAGUGCUGGGGUCCCAUCUACUCCUGAUCCACCAUCUUUGGUUCAAGCAUCUGCUAGUUCAUUACAGCUUUCCUGGAAAAAACCCAAUACUAAUGGCGGUACGUGUUAAGUAAUACUUCCUGUAAGGGUCUGAAUAAAAUGCACAAUUGUUUGUAAGCAGUAUUACUGUACUUAAUUAUUAUAUACUGUACGUUCAUGAAGCAGCUCAUGCUGGGCGAGGAUGCUGUAAUUAUGCUUUUUUUCUUCUUUUUUUUAAUUUAUCCAUCAGCCCAGCAAGAAUAAAAAUAUUUAACUUUCUGGCUUUUACAUUGUGUUAUGCACCAUUUUUUAUGCUAACAUUGAGGCCUUAACGUUGCAUAGAAUGAUGGGACCAUUUUGGAGGGCUGUUUAUGGUAUUUUAACGCUAUUAUCAAUUGAACGUGGUUCUAGCUACAACUUUGAUUUACGAUAUCUUCCCAACCUUAGCUUUUCCACGCAGUUAUACGCUUAUGAAUAUUCAUUUUUCAAACUGGACCAUGAAUUUAUUCCGUAUACUGAGUUUUAUUUAGAAUACGUCAAGUGCAACCUCGUUCCCAUAGAGGGAAGAGCCUGGGAACGAGGUUGCUUUAAGUGCAGUUGGGUCCCCAUCUGCUCCUGAUCCACCUCUUUGAUUCAAGCAACAGCCAGUUUAUCAUGAUGCAUGCAAUCGUUGAGUGAAGAACAUGUUUAUAGGUGCAGCUUUGGUUCAAUCGUACAUAGAUGUAUUUUCCACAUUUUCCAUUUCACGGUUAAAUAUGCCUUUUCUGCUAUAAAUACUGGGACUGAUUGUAUAUUUUUACAAAUUGUUAUUACAGCUGAAAUAACAGAGUAUAUAUUACAAAUGGAUGACGAGUAUCAGGUCAGAUAUUUUAUCCGUCAUGCCCUAUACAUUCGAAAUCAAUUAAAUACUGUAUGCAACUGGUCACACUUGCCUCUCAACCUAGUUUACCUAUCUUACAUGUACAAAGUCUAAUCUUUUGCUUGGCUUUGCCUGCUUUUCCACCCGUUUCCUACAAUAAGUCCUACAAUAAGAUAUAUUAUUGAAUGUAUUAUAGGGUACUCUGCUUAUUACAAUAAUAUUCGUGGUUUUGGAUUCGUACAUUCUCAAUAAAUUGUACCAAAUUAUGAAACAUAUUUAUAUACGUCCAUAACAGGGUUAUGGUUUCUUACCUGUGUAUCGAGGACUUGACCAGACGUGUAUUGUUAGAGAUAACGUGAAACGGAAUACAUCAUACAAGUUUAGAGUAAGUUGAUAUUUAUGAAUCAGACAUAAUAAACCUCAUUUAUUAAUGACUGUCAAAUUCAAAUGCGUUUGCAGCGUAUGUAUAUAUAUAGAGGAUAUUAGACGCGGUUUGCGAAGAGAUAUGGAUUUUAUGUUCGAGUGGCAAAAACAAUAUCUCACGAGUGAGCGCAGCGAACGAGUGAGAUAUUGUUUUUGACACGAGAACAUAAAUCCAUAUCUUCUCGCAACCGUUUAAUGUUCUGUUUAUUGUAUGGACUUAUUCAGAGUGACAAAAAUACUCACAAAGACGACAUGUAAAUAAGCACGCGAAAGACCAGUGUAAAAGCGAUAUUUUUUAAAAUAAUAGUGCAGACAUAAAACUUGAAUAAAUUUUACAUAUCUCAAGAUGUCUUUUAAAUGUUUUCGUUUUAUUUCCAACGUUAAUUUCGUUUCAAAUACGAACGAAAGACCAUUUGUAUUUUCAAAACAACAAUGAAAAUGGCGGGAAAUUUUCAGAACUUCGUAUGUCACUAACAGGGGUGAAAUACGGAAAAUACGCGCACCUGGUCCCGGAUGUAGUGACGUAUGAGUUCUACGCGAGUGUUUUAGUUUCCAGUAAAACACCAUUGUCCAUAUAAUAAAUAUAUUUAUUAAAUAAACAUAAGUGUUAUAUAGAGUUUUUGGCCACUGAGAAAAAUCUUAUUUAAACACACGUAAAAAUACGAUAUUUUUACGUGUGAAAAUAUCAUUUGUUGUAAAACGCAUUGCCACGGACUUUUUAUUAACACUCGAAAUAAAUCCGGUAUUUCCGCGCUCCCAUGUAUUAUUCUCUAUAUAUGUAUUGUUCUGAAUCGAAAAUUAUUUUCAAAUAUAACAAGGGCAGUUGGGUCCCUUUAUAUGAACAUUUAUCUACGGUUGGCCCCUUGCCCAAGGUGGUGAAGCUACCUGGCACGGUUGGUUAUCUUCAUGCAGUUGGUAGUUUUCUACUGUUUUACAGACUUACUAAUUAUCAUUACAAAUAUAUUGUACCUGUCAGACAACAUGCAAAUUUUAAAGAAUUAAAUUGUAUUUCAUUCUUACGCGUGCACGUUGUUUAGUUGUCUGCCAUCAACGUGCAAGGAGAAAGCAAAUGGAGUGACAUUGUUUCAUUCUCAACAGGAUGUCAGGCCCCAGGUAGGCUAAUUAAUUAUUAACUAAAGUUCUUUGUAGUUUUGCAUGCUGGUGAUAAUAAAUGCAAUAAUAAAAAACGUCCCACCAGCCUAGCUUUUGUAUAACAGUACCCUGGUUCCAGAUUUUUAUUUUCAUUAAGGAAUGACGAAAGGAAAGCAAACCUCUGGUUGAAAGGGCCAAGUAGCACCUCACUAUCGUGUAACGGCAUCCAAUUAACACGUGACAAUAUAAUUAUUUGUGUAAUUGUCCAAUCAGGAAACCGAGUCAGAAUCUGACCCUAGUUUAUUAGACAUACUCCCGGUGUACUUCCUUUUUGUUGUUGCUGCACCUGAUGGAGGGCAAAUUAUUUUAAAUAAAACAAAAGAUAAAUAUAAUAAACCGAUUGACGCGGUACGAUCAAUCAAUUGUUGCUUUGAACCAGAGGUGUAUUUUCCCUUCGCCAUUUCUAAUAUUACAUGCAAUGAAAAUAAACGUCUGAAACCAGGGUAUUAUAACAGACUGGAAAUUUGAGAAAAACGUCCGUCGCUACCUCGAGAUUCCAAGGUAGAGUAAACCGACACCACGAAGCAAAAAAACCCACGAGAAAGCAAAGGAAAAAGGAAAGGGAUAUGCAGAUAAACGUCGACCUACGAAAUCAACUAUAUAAUAUCAAGGUUGGCGUUACGGUGCUAUAGUAAAACAGAAGCAAGAACAAAUUCUCAACAAACUUUGCAAUAACGUCGUUCAUAUAGUAAUGUUUUCUAAGGGUUCAAAAAUAGUUGCAGAAAAUGAUAAACAUUUCGUUGUUUAAAAAAAUUCAUGACAACAUUGAAAGUGACGAGGAAGAGUUGAUUGACAUGCGGGACAAAAGAAGCGAAACAAUUGGUCAGUAUAGUAAUAGGAGAAAGAGUAAGAAGUAGGAACUGAGAUAAGAAAGGAACAGUAUAGGAUCUGCGGAAGUUGGUGUAAUUAUGAGCAGCUAUGGGAUCAUGCGAGUUGUUGAUGCAUCUGACCUCCAUAAGAAAGAGCGACAAGAGCAGCAUGGCUCCGACUGUGACCAGCGGACGAGGAAGCAGGGCCAGAAGCAAUAAUAUUAGUAGCUGUGAUAGAAUGAGCUAGAGCAACAGUGACGCCUGUAUUCUAAAAGCUCACUUACAGUCAAAUAGUGGAGGUUCAAUCUGAGCUUCUCUUGAGUGCCAAUCAGUUUUUGAAUAGCUGAAGGGUUAGUGUCGUUACUAACUCUUUGACUGCUCACCCUCUCGCUAUUCAAAAACAGAUUGGCACUCAAGAGAAGCUCAGAUUGCAUCUCCACUCUUUGAGUAUGAGUGAGCUUUCAGAAUACAGGCGCAAGAGAUUGAGAGGAAUCAAGAGCAGCAGCAGGAAAUGCAUGGGAACUGAAACUCAUGCAAGAGUAGCAACAAGAAGAGUAUGUGCAGCAGUAUCACAAUCACUCAGAGAAAUAAGAGUAGCCGCCAUAGCGACACACCAGCCAAAGUCGAGGUGAAAGCAUUUCUGAUGAGCAUGAGAGUAAUGUACUGAUUUAAUUCAGAUAGAAUAAGAAUAAAUUUGUCUUUCCAAUAAAUGUUUUUCAAGUGUUUUGUAAAUUUUCGAUAACAAAACAAAUAUAGCAAAUGCUUGUGUGAUGUUACUCUGAGUGUACAUCCACACCGGGCAUGCUUGAAAAAUAUGCCUCGCCGCGGUGGGAUUCGAACCUACGACCUUUGGAUUACUAGCCCUACGCUCUGCCAACUGAGCUACGCGGUUAGGUCGGUUCGAGUAAGCGAUAUUUCGUAUUCCAAAGGUCGUAGGUUCGAAUCCCACCGUGGCAAGGCAUAUUUUUCAAGCAUGCCCGGUGUGGAUAUACACUCAGAGUAACAUCACACAUGCAAGUUAGAGUUAUAAACCGAGUAUAGGAGGUUUAUAACUGAUAUAUUGCCCCCGAGGACGCGUAGAGUCCGAGGGCAAUAUAUCAGUUAUAAACCGACUUUCGAGGUUUAUAACUAACUUAUUUUUCACCCUGCUCGGUUUCCUUUGUUCUUAUCGGGGAAUAUAUUCAAUAUUCCCCUCUAAUCAAUUUCCGUUUAAUAAUCCCCUCUAAUAUUCACCCGCAAUGUCUUUGCAGCACAAAAAAUGAGAAAAAACAACAUCACGAAGGCAACAUGCCAUUAAGAAUUAUUUCUAUUCUGACUCAUUAACGCGACCUCGCAUUGUGAAAAAUAAGUACGUUAUUUUGAGGCACCUCGGGGAUAUGUGUUUAUUCACAAUAAAUCACAUAUCCCCUCGUUGCCUCAAAAUAACCUAUACUUAUAUCACAUUUGUGGAGGUUUUCUAACAUAUUUUGUCAUUUUCAAAAAAUUUUAAUGAAAAAUUCUCGCGUUUUGUCUACAAGUUAAUCUAAUCAUUUAUUCAAGGUAUAUAAGCUAGUUAUAAACCUCGGACGAUCAAAGAAAACCGACACAAAUGUGAUAUAAGUAUAGGUUAUUUUAAGGCAACGAGGGGAUAUGUGAUUUAUUCACCGAGGCGCGCAGCGCCGAGGUGAAUAAACACAUAUCCCCGAGGUGCCUCAAAAUAACGUACUUAUUUUUCACACUGCGAGGUCGCGUUAAUGAGUCAGAAAAGAAAUAAUUCUUAAUGCCAUAUUGCCUUCGCGAUGUUGUUUUUUCACAUUUUUUGUGCUGCAAAGAUGCCAUAUUGCCUUCGCGAUGUUGUUUUUUCACAUUUUUUGUGCUGCAAAGACAUUGCAGGUGAAUAUUAGAGGGGAUUAUUAAUUGCAGGUGAAUAUUAGAGGGAUUAUUAAUUGCAGGUGAAUAUUAGAGGGAUUAUUAAUUGCAGGUGAAUAUUAGAGGGGAUUAUUAAAUUAGAGGGGAAUAUUUGAAAAUAUUCCCCGCUAAGAACAAAGGAAACCGAGCAGGGUGAAAAAUAAAGAACGGAAAUUGAUUAGAGGGGAAUAUUGAAUAUAUUCCCCGCUAAGAACAAAGGAAACCGAGCAGGGUGAAAAAUAAAGCAUCUUAUUUUUCACCCUGCUCGGUUUCCUUUGUUCUUGUCGGGGAAUAUAUUCAAUAUUCCACUCUAAUCAAUUUCCGUCCUUUGUUCUUGUCGGGGAAUAUAUUCAAUAUUCCACUCUAAUCAAUUUCCGUUUAAUAAUCCCCUCUAAUAUUCACCUGCAAUUAAUAAUCCCCUCUAAUAUUCACCUGCAAUGGUCUUUGCAGCACCAAAAAUGAGAAAAAAACAACAUAACGAAGAAUAAUCCCCUCUAAUAUUCACCUGCAAUGUCUUUGCAGCACCAAAAAUGAGAAAAAAACAACAUAACGAAGGCAAUAUGACAUUAAGAAUUAUUUCUAUCCUUAUUCAUUAAUGCGACCUCGCAGUGUGAAAAAUAAGUACGUUAUUUUGAGGCACCUCGGGGAUAUGUGUUUAUUCACCUCGGCGCUACGUGCCUCGGUGAAUAAAUCACAUAUCCCCUCGUUGCCUUAAAAUAACCUAUACUUAUUCACCUGGGUACAUUACACCAACACAGCAAAUAUCAUAAAUAUAGCAAAUGUUAUACUUGGUAAAUGACGUACGUACCUUGAGUAAACCUUGUGAUAACCAAGUGCAAAAUGAUAACUAAACAUCCGUAUUUAGUAGAAUCAUACUAGUAUUAUACCAUUGCAAGUGCUGUAAUUUGAUUGGCUACUCUACUAGCUAUCUAUUCCUCGAUAGAUAGCGAGUAGCAAAACAACAAUUUUCCUGGCGUAUUUAAAAAAAAAUGGCUUCUGAGGAAUAUUUUAUGUUUGAUCUCUGAUUCUACCAAAACAAUUAUAGAUUAGAAAUCUCAUAGAAAUCUCGAGCUCGUAAUGUAAUUGUUAUAUAGUGUCACCGUUAUAGUCCUUUAUAAAUUUAUCUUAGGGCGAUAGGUUUGUGAAGUCAAACUCUUUAAAUCAAUCUCUCGUAUCUGUCGAUAAUCAUUUAUAGGUCGUAUGUUGCCUCCAAUACUGGAAGGAAAAGUUCAUACGAAAUCAUUUAUGGUGUCAUGGGGUAUGUUCAGGGCCGUAGCUAGAAGCGAUAAUUGCAUGGGGGGGGGGGUAUAUUAAUAUAUUCAUGUUCACACACCGUAAAAACAAUCGCUUUCAAAAGAAAUCCGUCGGGCAGAACACGAUUAUAUGAAUAUGCACCCCCUCCCCCAAUUAUCGGUUUAGCUAUAUACGGCCCCGGGUAUGUUUUGCACUUAUGAAAGCAGGUUAUGAAAACUUAUUUGUAUACUUAAUCUACUGAUACAAACGAAAGUAAAAUAUCAAAACGAACAAUAUUUACAAUUGAACUACCACUGGAAUUUUUUUCACUGAAUUCCUUACUAUACCUAUGGAGAUAGUAUGGAUCUUAAUUGAAAAUCCAAUAUUCAUACUAGCUAAUUGCAAUUUCCAUACUAUGGAUAUAGUAUUAGUAUGAAAAUAGUAUCCAUACUGUGGAUUUAGUAUGCAAAUUCCAUAGCAUGAAUUUCACUAUUUUUUCCAGUGUACACCCACAAAUAAAUCGGCCAAGUGCAGCUUGUCCAAGCGAGAUGUAUAUAGUAUAUAUAGACACGAUAAAUUUGAGCAAUGGCGUGGAAUUUCAAUCUACACCGUAGAAUAAUGCAAAACACGAAAUAAUGUAGUACUUGAAGGCAAGCGGAGGGAAAAUUGCACGUAAUAUAUGUUGAUUAUCAGCUGGCUUAGUCUGCCUCCUAAUUGUUGUGGUGUUAACAUUUUACGCAAUGUUUUAUUAAAUACGCGAAAGAUAUUGCAUGCGCUUACUACUUUAGUCUCUAUUGCUUUCAGUGUUUUACAGUGCAUCUUGUAUCCUUGCUGAUGCAUUGUUAAUUUUAUAUUACUGAUGAAAAGUACUUCAGUGCAUGUGGACUAAUUAUUAUUUUUAAGAAUGUUUCGCAGAAUUUACACAUUGAUUUCAUAAUAUUGCAUGUGUCAAGUAUUCCAUUUUUCCCUUUCAAAAGUUUUCCAAUGCGUCGUUGGGAGUAGUAGUCUAAAUACUUACCUAGAUCAUACGACUGCUCAACUAUUUUAUAAGCUUACUCCACUAUUUCUUUUAUAUAUUUCUGUAUUUUUUGCAGUUGCUCCUAGUGAUGACGGCGGAAGCGAGAUUGUCAGUUAUAGCCUGGAAGUGAACAGCGGUCAAGGUAAUGAACGUUUUGCUAGGUUCUGUUUCAGGUUCUGUUCUGUUUCUGUAAGAUACGCAGCAGUUAUAAGGGCAAAAAGUCGACACUUUUCUUCCUAUAAUUUUUAAAUAUGCUUGUAAUUUACAAAAUAUCUGGAUGCCCUCGUGGAAAUUAGCGAACCGUUGACGAGGUUAUAGCGUCUUUAUAAAUAACGUUUCACAUAGUCUCACCUAUAUACCUAUAUACAUGCUAUAAUAAUGGAUGUAUCUAUUUUUAAGGCGGUUCAUUUCAAGAGGUGUAUAGGGGAGUGGAUACAAGCUUCAAAGUUCAAGAUCUUCUGCCAGGCUAUUCGUACAAAGUCCGUGUCUCUUGCUCGUCCUCCGAAUUUAAAAGUCCGGUAAGAUCUAUAUAUUUCAUUUCCGGAUGCUUCCUCUCGCUGGAAAAAGGUUUCAUGCAUGUUUUCGUGUCAAAUAUUCAGGAAUGAAACUACAUUCCUACGCAUGUUAAACUGUUAUAAUGUCAAACUAUUAUUAGGUAAUAUAUCAGUAUAUAUAGGUCCGAUAUUUCUCUACAUACCGAGCAAGCGAGGUUAAUAAAAAGUUUAUUAUAUGGUAUUUAUAGGCAUUUAUACUUGAAACAAACAUGGAAUGCUUGUUUUGAAAUGCAUAUUAGUAGCGUGGUAUACACAUUCGGGUGAAGAAAACAAAAAAUAUCAGUGUAUUCCUUGUUUUCCACUAAAAGCCAUUCGUGGAUAUCUUAUUAAUAACAAAUAAUUGUGCUUCUCAGCCAAUCACAGUCCGCCAUUUCACCGCCAUUUAUCUUACUUUUCAUUCUUUUUCAAUUCAAUGUAAAUAUUUUAUAUAUUGGUAAAUAGGUAUUGUUGUCGAGCACUUAUACCAUGAUUCCCUGGCUCGACUGAUUGGGCAACCAUACUCUGUGUCACUCGACAUGCAUUAAAUAAAUUAUUCUAUUCUAAGGGACGAGUAACCAAUCAGAUGCGUUUGAUAUAUCCGAUUAACCAAUCAGAUGCGUACUAAGAGUAGUGAUAGCGGUAGCGGAAGUCCAGUCUGAACCUCGCGCAGAUGUCGACUUUACGACGUUAGGAAUGUGGUCGUAUUUUGUUUUAACAUGAUAACAUAUUAACAAGUUCCGCCGUUUUAGUAUAAUACAGCAGUGCAUACUAUAUAAGUAACGUUUUCUUUCUAUUUCAUAAAUGUGAUCGAGCUAUUUUCUGUAGUCGUCAGAAGUGAUGAACAUUAAAACAUUGCCAGUCAUUCCUGAUCCACCUUCUGCACCACGACAAGUGAAGAGCCGCAUAUCACAAGCUUAUGCCAUUCAACUCGAAUGGGGUAAAUAUAUCUCAAGAUUAUUACUAUAUUGCAUUGUUUUUAGUUAAAAUCUUAUUAUUUACUAUAAUUCGCCCAAAUUACCAUUUACAUGGAGUCAUAGAAUAGGGCUAAAGGAAACGUCUAGAAACAAUAUAUAUAAUAAUAAUUUGCAAGUUUCAACAACUAUGAUUUUUCUUUAUAAUUAAGUGCAGGAAUGUUUUUGAAUCUGAAUGAAGGAGGUGCUUUUUCAUUGUUGCUUUGACAGAGGCGUAAGGUUUAGUCGGGUUUUUUUCUGCUGUUUUAGAGUAUCAUUUCGCACAUCGAUUCAGUUGUAAUUAUAAAUUUCCUAUAGACUUUCGCAAAAUAAUUUUUGAGGAAGUAAUUUGCAAAAUAGUGAAGAAUUUCCGAAAGUCGAUUGUUUAUGCUUGCUUGUGUUUUCAUUUUUCAAACAAGUUUAGUAGAAGUCGACUUGGAGCAAGUCUAUGAAUUUCUUUCAUGAUGUAAACAAUAAUUCGCGAAUAUUUCUAAUAUAAGAUUUACUUAAGGUGGCUCCCUACAGUUGUUUAAGCAUGGGACUGGUAACGAAAUGACUUGAUGAAAUUUUAUCACGUCAGCAAAAAUUUUAUUUGACCGCGCAAGGUUUGUAAUGCAAUAACAUUUUUUCCUUCGGUCAAUAUUUCUGAAAUUUUGUAUUUUAAAAGUACUAGUCAUUUAUUGCAAUAUACUCAAUUUUUUUAAAAAUUCUAUAUAAAACAGUUUUUGUGAAACAAAUUUCGCGUAAUAUCUCGAAAACCCACCCCCACCCCACCCCCACCCCCAAAGAAACUUUGACCGAAGGAAAUGUUAAUAAAUUCAUUUUUAGUCCAAAAUUUGAUCUUUGCCUGCUGUCGUUUAGGCCACUUGUGGCAAAAUAAAUAAGUAAAGAUCGCGAAUCGAAUUUUCUAUCAGUUUGUUACGAGAUUAAAUUUUGAUUUUUGAAAUAUAGCAUGGUUUAUGCUUAUAAUUCAUUAUAUGCAUGUGAAGAAUUAGCAGCUUGGAAACUUCAAUUCCACAAUUAUACAGUAAAUCAAGCUUUUGGCUAUCAUGUUCUUACAAUCUUAAAUGUUACUCAAACUCAAACUUCCACAUCAUUAAUAACUGCUCUUGAUAUAUACCACACUUACUGGAAAAAAUAGUGAAAUCCAUACCAUGAAAUUUGCAAUUGCAUCACUAAAUCCAUAUAUAGUAUAUCCAUACUAUUUGCCUACUACAGUAUAUCCAUAGUAGGGAAAUUGCAAUAUGAAAAUUGGAUUUCCAUACUAUUUCCAACAAAGAUACAUUCUAUUUCCAUAAUAUAAGUAUUUUAAACAACAGAUUUUGCAUAAGAACGAUGCAAGACCAGUACUAACGUUUUUGCAAACAGAUACACAUAAAUUAAACUAGUCGUUGUGACUGAAAAUACAUACAAAAUUAUUUGCAACAGUACAAAUUUCGAUUGUUUCCGAGUGGUUUGUUAUACACUCAUUGAAAAUUAUUGAACUCAUUUUUACAAGCGAUACAGCAGAUAUAAACUGAUCCACUAACAAAGGACUGGCAUGUUGUUACUAACGUUUUUGAUUGCAUUUUCCAAAUAAAAAUGUGACAAGACACUGCUGCUCGUUUUUAAAUAGUACAUGAAGUGCGUUUGAAUUAUUUGUCAUCAUUGUAUGAUAAGUGCUAAUGGAAUUGUAUUUUUCUAGAUAUAGUUUUCCGACCGUUAUGUGAAUAUGAUUUAUCUUAUUGUCCAUUUAUGUAAAAAAAGGAUCGUGUUGUUUUUUAUUUAUUCAGAUGCUCCCUCUUACGAUGGUGGUUCAAUUAUUGCAAAUUACAAUGUUCAAAUGAAAGGAGCUGUUGAGGACGGUAAAGUGAUGAGAAUAUUUAAGAACUUUUUAAGAUCCUUGUUAUUGGAUAAACAUGCUCCAUUCCACCCCCAGCCUCACUGAUUUACAACCAGUGUAUAUUUGUAUGGGAAUUUACAAGGGUAUACAUAUGAAAUAACAAUUCAAAUUUGGUACAAUGCUCAUUAAGACAGUAUUCACGAAUUUCACAAGUAGAAUUUACUGCAAUGCUGUCAAUAUAGAGUAGUUUUAAAUUUCAAAUUUCCCAAAGGAAUUAUUAAAGAUCGUUUAAGACUGUAGAAUCAUAAGUCAUUAAAAUCUGAGCAAGUUAACAAAAUAUGUUAUCAUCGAUCCAUCGAACCUAGUACGCAGGCGCUUUGGUGUGUUACACGGUCGCGUGUCGACGUGCGUGUGGUAAUUUUAGCUGAUAUAUCUUGCGAACUGCUUCUCGUCCCGUGUUGAUCGCGCGAUGCAUGGCGUGGCAAUUCAAAGCGCCUGGGUACGAGGUGGCUGGGUUUCAUGCAUUUCUUUUCAGUUUGUCAACUUAAUCUGCCCAUCGUCGCCAAAAUCUUGUGGAUUUCUGAUUUAAUUAAAAUAUUUUUAGAUUUUCGCCAUAUUUUCUAUGGUUCCAAAACAUGUUGCUAUGCUGCUGACCUUCAACCAAAUUGUAAAUAUCUAUUUCGUGUACGAGCUAAAAAUAUAGCCGGCGUAAGUAUAUUUUUAAUUCUGUUAUUAUUGUUUUAAAACUAGAAAUGCGUUCAAUUUCAGCCUGAUCAGCACCAUCAGGCCUGCCAAAGUGUGAGGGUAAUGUGGAUUCCCAGGAACUUGCCAUGUGGUUCAAGCUUGUUAGUGAUCAAAAUAUUGGAGAGAGAGGCUAAUUAAUGUGGUCCCUCUUAUGUUAAGUCCCCUCGCUACUGUUGAUACGUCCCCCCUUUCCGUCUUACCUUUUCUUUCUCACCCACCAUUAUGCAGGCAAGUCCAUGUCUCAUACUGGAAAUAGAAUUUUCACUCGGAUGCUAGCAAAUAUCUGGAUGGUCAUAUCCUAUAGAGGUGUCAGUGGUACAACAUGAUGAAUUUCAAGUCAAACAAAUUAAGUUUACAUUGAUCUAUUCAUUGAUCUAUCCACAUUGAUACAUUGAUCUAUCCACAAAAAAUGGCCAUUGCAUACUAUGUAUAAUGAAAAUUACGUAACUUCGUAAUACACAAUUAUAGCAAUUGACUGGACCGUACGAUACAGAACUUGUUCAGCAGUUAAAUAUUUUUUUCUGCAUGAUAUUUAAUAGCUGUUUUUCUGCAUGAUAGUAAAAAGCUGACAAACUUCAUUGUUCUAUUCCACACUUUAGCUCACACUCUAUUUUAUUUAGUACAAUAUCUAUUAUCAAAUUAGGAAAGCAAGUUUUCUGAAAUUUCAUGUUUGAGCACUGGUCCUGGCCCGCCAGAUACUGUGGAGCAAGUAGUUGUUGCUUGUCGCUCGUCAAGUGCAAUCCACAUAUCUUGGAAGGUAAGUAGUAUAAUAGCAUAUACAGUAUGUCUAAUGUCACCCAUAAUUAAACAUUUUAUAUAAUUGUGUGGUAGUUAGUAAAAUAGAAUAUACUACAAAAAGGAUUACGAGAGAUUAACUUUGUAUUAUCUCAAGACGAAAUUAUCUCAGAGAAAAACAACAACAAGUAUCCGGCCAUGCUGGAACUUGCACCCACGCACACAAUGUCAAUGUACACUACAACAACAGUACUUAAUUUAAUAUGCGGUAUGAAGCAAACCAGUUCAGUUCGCUACGAUAUUAAUUCUAUAUGAUAACAUUAAUCAAAUCAGUCUAGUAUGAAACAAAUAACUAAAUACAAAAAUCUGUAAAUUGUAUUUCCCAGUGCUUUGUUGCGUUAUUUCUGCUCUAACGUCAACUUUGGUUCCAGGCCUUUUUUAGCAUGACGUCGAAACAUAUUUUUGUUAACCAUUUUACAUUAUUUUAGGGUAUCCUACUUAUAUCAUUUUUUUGCAAAAGCAAACGAGAAAAGCAUUAUAUUAUAUUAUAUAAUACUAUAAUUUACAAAUUCAAAUGUUACUAUAUUUCCUUGACUAAUAUUGUUGUUUAUACUAAGGUUCCGAAAACGAACGGCACUCCAGUUACGAGUUACGUGCUGAAAUACGCGAAAGAUCCAAAUGGACCAUUUGAAAAGGUAUAUGCUGAAUGUCAUAUGCAUCACGUUUUCAAAUAAGAAUUCUCAUUGUACACAGUUCCGCUCAGAAAAGCCUAUCUCGAUCUACGCGCUGGCUGUAUUUUGCGGUUUUGUCACGAUUUUUUUGCGGUCGACCUUUACACACGCCAGAGCUGUUAGAUAUAAAUCUAGACUAAUGUAUUCUUGGUGUAUCAACCACAAGUAUUCAGCUAGCUUAAUUGUCCCCAAAAAUAUACAUUCUCACAUGUAUCAAAUUAGUGAGAAAAAAAACAAUAACAGCAACCCAUUUCAUAUACAUAAAGUAAUAUAAAAUACGAAAAUAUAAGCGCCAACACUUUUUGCCAAAAUCUAAUUUUGACGAACAACUUCACACGCACCUAAACAUUCUGAAUUAAACAUCGUGGUGAACCACGGCAGAACCGCAGAUUGUGAAGUGAGAAGAACUAAUCAUGGAUUUUAAAUGACCGUACGUAUGCCGCAGAAAACCAACGCUAAACUUAAUAGUCAAUGAGGUUUGCUUUCGUUGCAGUUAUAUGAAGGAGCUAUGAAUAAAUACGAGAUGAAGAAGAAUAUUUUGCCUUCAACAAUAUAUUUCUUUAGAGUUCAGGUAAAAUUACACGGUUUGUUAAAAAAAUAUUUACAAAAUUUAUUAGGGAUCAUAUCCGGCCAGAUAGAUAGAAAUAUCCGCGGCCAGAUACUGGAUCAUGCCUUCUUUUCAGGUUAAAAACUAGAAAAUACAUGCAUGCACAAACCCCUCGCCCUGCUGACAAAACCAUUGUAUUUUACGAACAUGAAGUAUUUAAAGUACUGUAGUUGUCAAAGUAACACGAUAAUUUUUUAAGAAUAUUUUUCCAAAAUGAAAAAUCUCCUAAAAAUAUCGUUUUUAAUUACAAAUUUAUCAAUUUCCCAAACAUAUAUAUGUUAGGUAUGUUAUUAUACGUAAUAUAAGCUUCAAUUUAAGGUAAAAUUCAACCACAAACGCUUCGCAAAAUGUUUUAAACUAAACUGCCUUUAUCGAUAAACUUGGAUUUGAAAUAAAAUGAUUUCAAAUUCUCGCAUGCAAAUAACUUUCCUUUCUUUUUUAUUUAAAAAAUUCAAUAUAAUAAAAAAGGGUAACCAUAAAAAUACACUGAAAUUAUAUGCUACAGUAUCACAGAGAAGAGAUAUCUCUUCUCUGUGGCAGUAUCUUGUUUCAUCAUACGCAACGAUCGGCUUUUAAAGCAAUUAUAAGGCAAACAAUGCCUCAAUAUUUAAAACAAACUUACCUUCGUUAACAUCGGCGCCUUUACGCCGUUCUUUUAACAAUUCUUUCUCCUUUAUUUUAUCAAAAAGCUUUGAAAUUCACAAAAUUUUGCAAAAAUGAAAUGUAUUUGCAAGAAAUCGUCAAACUUUGAUCAAAUCAAGAAAUGUUUGCUAUUUCGCUGUCGUCAUGCAGUCGUCAUGCAGUCGUUGGCUCGGGGAUGAUUUAAUAAGGCUAAAAAAGUAGGAGUGUCUAUGAUAAUUUUACUUUAAAUGAUCAUAUAGAAAGGCUGGCGACAUUAUUUUCAAAAUUUUAAUGCUUGUUUGUAAAUGGGGUUCUCCUUUGACUUUGAACUUUGUGAGCGAGGCUUUUACAACCAUAUAUGUUUACCGAUGUUAGACUGUGAAGUUAUUUCCUGUUAUUUCAAGUAUCAUUUCUAGUGAAAAUAUUAUAAACAUCUUCACUUUUUAACCAAUUAAAAUUAUUACUAAGUUAACCUUAACUGAGGCCCGAGUCUGAUAUGAAAAAUAUCCUAGGCGGGGAAGGACUAGGAAGGACAUGAACGUACUCAUGGAUAUUGAAUUCUCUUUCGUUCUUUUAGGCGUGUAGUGUUGCAGGGUGCAGUGACUGGAGUGGUGUAUCCUCAUGUCAAACUUCUGCCGCUCCUCCAGCACAAGUUGAUAGCAUAAAACUGGUGAGAAAAUUGUAUUUUAAACAACAAACAACAAUAGAUUGUUUUCUAUCUCAAUAUGGUGCUUAGUGCGGAAAACCUGUUAAUAUAGGGCUGUUUCAUUCAAAUCCCUUCCCUGGCAGUAAAUACACUGGCCACUGGGGCAUUUAUAAAUAUUAUUUUCUGUUUGGCAUGACGAUUUUUACAUUAAUAGAGGAAGCAGAAGAAUGAAUAAAUUGUUGGAGAACAAUCGUAGACAAUAGAAAGGAAUUCCUCUUCAUUGUCUCUUCAUGCAGAAUGGUUUAUCUAGAAAGAGACAUUUUGUUCGCUGACAUUCAUUCUCAGUUCUAAAGGAUAUAAUUACUUAUUUGUGUAAUUGAUAUGUGUGUUUAAUUACAAAGUUGACUAUAAAUAUGUGUUUAAUUACAAAGUUAACCCAACUUACAUAAGCCGGUUGUAUGCGACCUCUUUGAAUAACUCAUUUGCCUUCCCAUUUACUUCCCACCAGAUUAGUCGGUCAGAAACGUCACUGACCAUUGAAUGGAAAAAACCAUACCACAAUGGAGCUGCUAUUCUCUCAUAUAAUAUUGACGUCAGUGGACGUAAAGUGCUGUCAUAUGUACCAGAUAUGUUUGAAAAUGAUAAUACUGACAAUACUGCUGAUGGGGACACAUUGACGUACACCAUUUUAGAUUUGCAACCAAACACACAAUACAGGUAAAUGGUGAAACUGAUGAUAUACCAAACAUUGGAGUAGUUUAUACAGAUUUCAUGCAAUCGAUCAAGUUUGGUGCAUGUAUAAUAGAACUCAUUUGUAUUUCGCACAGGGCUUCGCAUAAUUAAUAUUCAAGUAAUUGUUUUGUUUCGUUUUCUUUGAUAUUCAUGAUACAAUGAUUGAAAGUGCUAUAGCCUAUAAAAGGCAACUAUUUAUAAUCAAACUAAAUGUCAUUGUAGAAAACCGAAUAAAUGGUAACAUUUGGGUGUGUGUAACACACCAAAGAUUGUUUUAACCUGGAUGGGUUGUUAUAUUAGCUUUCUGGAGUGUGCUGUUGUUCAUUCUCCUUCACUCUAACCAUAUAGAUUACGUAUACAAGGUGUCAACAAGUCUGGUUGUGGAACAUUCAGGUAAGAUGUAUUGAUUCAACGCAAAAUAACCUGCAUAUUAUAAUAACUAAAAUGGAUUAAAAUGGUUAUUUUGUAUCAGUGCUUCCACUUGCAAGGAUUUUCCCUGCAGCAAGAAAAUAUUGGUCCUUGCAAGGAAUAUGCAAGAAAAUGAGUUUUACAAGGAAAUGGCAAGGAAAAAUACAAAAAUUAAAGGAAAUUGCAAGGAUUUCUGUAACUUAUACCAGUUACAAGUCUAAAACCACUUAAACCAGUAAAAAUGAACUUAUAUAUAGUAUAGGGCUAACAAGAGAGGUACGGAAGAAUCUGAAAAUACCAUUUCCGGCGAUCUAGAGACUAUAAAUUUCACAAUUUGGCGUUCAGCGCCUUGUGCCAGUGCCAUUCGACCCCUCCACCAUUAUCAAGCACCCUACGCCCUGGAUAAACAUAAUGUAUGUGGAGCUGAUACUUUCGUAGAGGGAACUCUUGAAAGCUUGUCCAAAUUUUCAGGAAAUGUCAUUUAUGACCUUAACCAUACUCGAUUUCUCGUAGGGCCUAUGAUACAUUUGCCUCAAAUUUGCCUGAAUUUUGUAAUGUAAUGUAAGAUCUUUAUUUACACAGGGUGACCCAAUCAGUGAAUGUUCACUGUUAUCCUUAGGGGCCCUGAAAAAUAUACAGUAUAUCUUCAAUACAGUUUUAUCUAAAAUAGUAUAAAAUUAUCUAAAAUCCCUACAAUAAACUAACUAUCUAUAUGUCCCGAUCGACUUAAUUAGACUUAUUAAAAACCUUGCAUCCAUAAUAAUAAAAAGAAUUCUUUGCACAUUCAGUUCUUACUUUAGGCAAACGAAGUUUGUCUGAUUGUCUUGUUAUUCGCGAGGAACUGUCACGAUUAAAAACGAAAUAAUUAUUAAAAAAUUGUGGACAUUUUCCUAGAAUACAUUUUUUAACCAGUUUGAGAACUUGUACGUCUCUUCUUGAUUCUAAGCUGUCCCAUCUGAGGCUUUCCAUUGCGUCAUCACUUCGCGGGUACCUGGAAAUCUCUCUGGCAGCACACGUUUGGAGUAUCUCGAGCAUUCCUUUGUUUUGCUCACCACAGCACGUCCAAAUACUGUCCCCAUACUCCAUAAGAGGGCGAAUGAACGACUUAUAAACCGUUGCCGCCGCAUUUAGGGUCAGGUUGUUCCGUAGUCGACGUAACAUGCCAAUUCUUCUGCCCACUUUCAUUGCUACAUUAUCAACAUGUGAAUGCCAAGACAAAUUUGCAUUUAAAGUAAUACCAAGGUAACAAUAACCAGUUACACGCUUCAAUGGAAAGCCAUCAAUUGAGAGCUCAUAAUUAGUUACCUUCUUGAUUUUUUCCACCGUUUGGGUGGCAGGGAAAUGUGGGGGAAAGGAAUUCUUGAGAUUAUGAAAGGAUUUUUGAACAAGCAGCUGUGGAAGCACUGUUUCGUAUGGCCUUUUCUCAAAAUCGUCUGUCCUCGAUUUUCUUGAUAUCAUGCACGCGAAGGCAGUUCGUUGUACAGUGACCGAACUGCUAUAUAGUAGUAUAGGUCUGGGAGUUUUUUGCCUGGAAUAGUUUGGAUUUUCUGCAUAUUCAUUUAUUUAGCAUUCAUUUUCAUAUUGCCCUUCUUAAACAUUGAAAGUAAAUGUUUGUUUACUUUCCAUUCCAUUUGCCUUUCAGUUGUAACGUCACCGGAACAACAGGAAAGAUUCCUCCCGAUGCACCUGUCCUAGAUAUGGCAAACAGCUCUUACCAAAGUGUCAAACUUCGUUGGUCAUUUCUUCGCCCACAAAGUGAAGCUAGUGAGUUAACAUAUGAAUUGCAGAUGAAAUGUAACGAAACCAGGUAUGCAGUAUACUUAUUUAUAUAAUAACGUUAAGAAUUCAAGUGCUUUCAUUGGUCGAGAGCCAUGAUCUAUUAGAGGACAGACGCACGGGAUUAUGUCACAUCAUGAUGCGUGGAUCAUGUACGCGUGAUAUUUGUAAAAUUUCGACUUUUUCAAAUUUCCAAAUGUUUGGGUGGAUAAAAAGCAAGCUAUUUACCUGUUUAAUUCGGGGUUUUCUUUUUAUUAUAGAAAACAAAUAGAUAAGAAUUUUCCGUUGUCUGUUCAGUUAUAGAUACACAGUAUGACAUCAUGUGGCAAGAACAGAAAAGUGAUCCACUCGCCUCGGCGACUCGUGCCACUUUUUUGUUCUUCCCACAUUAUGACGUCAUACCGUGUAUGCAGGGCCGCCGAGAGGUUGGCGGGGGCCCGGGGCAAUUUUUUUUGGGGGGGCCCUCCUAUCUAAAAAAUUUUUCAGAACAACCUCCGCCCCCCCCCCCCGUCGCCAAAAAUUUUCGGUUUGUGUACCAUUUUAGGGGUAAAAAUUUUUUUCCGGAGUAAAAAAAUUUUCCGGACGAGUACGUUGCAAUUGCUUUCCAGGGACUUUAUCUCAUUUUUUUAUGUCAAAUUUAAAUUUCGGUACUUAGCCCAAGAAAACAGAUAUCUUGUCCUUUGCGCGGAAAUAUUUAACACACAAAAAAGACUGGGGCCCAACAAAAAAUUUUCAGGGCCCCCAGCACCUCGGGGCCCGGGGUAAUCCCCCCCUGCCCCCCCCCCCUCUCUGCGGCCCUGCGUGUAUGUAUAACUGAAGAGACAACGGGAAAAUCUUAUCUAUUUGUUAAAUAGGACUACAUUCUACUUAAGCGUUUUUCAUACAUAUAUACAGGUAUACGCACGCGGAAAAGUUUAAAUCCAUAUAAAUGUUAUACUCUAUGAUUUAAUGUGCUUAAUUGUUGGUGCAAUUAGAACUUAUAUAAAAUAAAGAAAGACUUAAACUUACACAUUUUAACUGGAAUGCAUUAUGCAACGCGAUUUUGCCCUAAUUUAAUUGAUCUUCUUUGAUGUACAACAAAAGCAGCUGGUAAUUUUUUACAUCACAUAUAGCUAUCAUUUCGUUUUCAAAUCAUUUGUAUUUGUAUUUAAUUAGAUCCUUAGUUAGCUAAUGCUAGUUUACACAAGGUCUAUUUUACCUAAAUAAUUAAUGACGUAACUGCUGGACAACCAAAUAAAACUGAUCCAAAAACAACCAAAUUGCAAGUGAAUUAAAGUACAAGAACUUUUUUAAAUACACUUCAUAUAGUUAUUUUAGAAUGAAUGCAUGUCAACAUAGAGUUCCAUUCUUGUUAUCCAGGUUAUUAUUUGAUUUUUUUUUUAUUAUCAAAUAUUUGAAUUUCUUUGUGUUGUUGUGAUGUGACGUUGUGUAAUUAUUGAAAAUUGAGUUUUCAAACCAUACCCCAACAUUCGCUUAAAUAAUUCAAAACAAUCUAGAACAAUUGUAAAGUCCCAUACAUAUUGAUUAAUGAAGGAAUCUAAAACUAUAAUGAUCUUUGAAUAUAGUUUUGAGACAGUCUUUAAAAGCUCAACGACAUCGCAGAAAGUUAGUAAACUCCAAGAGCAAACCACGUACAAUUUUCGAAUUCGUGCGGCAAAUGAAGCUGGUUAUGGCCCGUACUCAAAGAUCAUGAGUUGCAAGACUGCUAUACAACCUCCGGCUGUAAUAAAAGGUAAUUACGCAUUUUUGUUAAGCUAGCGGUUACAUGCAGUACUAUUCCCAUUAGUGUUUUGGUAAGUUAAUGCUUCAUGAGUUCUUUAGGUUCUAGAUACAUUCUCGAUACAUUAAAUAACAUGCCAUUAGUGAUGACUACGCUGCUAAAUAAAUCUGACAAUGAAAUUUGCAUGCAAUGAUGUCAAGACAUUAAGGCAUCGUCGAACAUUUUGUCUUUUAACGAAGACGUUGAACACCUUAUAUAUCAGUUAGAUUAAGUGCUUUACGAAGGCAUAAAGUUCAUUGUUAUAUAGCUAGUGUGAACACCAAACGUGAUUGGCUGAUUUGUAGUCACGUGGCUUUAGAUAAAUGCAUUGUAUCCCGCCCGGGCAAUAAGUGAAAAAUUGUUGCCCGCCCCGACCGGCUAUACGUACAUAAGGCCAAUGAAAAUUGAUAUCAUGUUUCUCGUCCACAAUUUUCAAAAAUUUGGAGCGGGAUUUUUUCAUUUUUUAUUUUUCAUUAUUUUUUGUAUUUGAAUUCUGCUUGUAAGCCGAUCGGUGUAUAAUUCAUUUUAAUUUAAUACGUCCUACUCUACAGUAUAUUUCUACGCAUACCAGGGCUGACAUGAAAAAUAGAGGCAUUCUGGCGAGUAUUAUCUUUAAAAAGAUACAAUUUAAGUUGCGCUUGCGGAAUGCAGCAAUAAGACUUUGAUCUGGAGAUCAAUCUGGUGUUUUGUUAAGCCUAUUUUUCAAAAAUAAUGAAUAAUGAAAAAUUUUCGUGCGGCAGAUAAAACCCAUGCGGGCGGGGACGAGAAACAUGAUAUCAAUUUUCAUUGGCCUAAAUAAACAAAAUGGCGGCACAAAUUUAUACUAUUUAAACUACUGUUUUCGUGGCUUUGUGUUAAAAUAAAUAAUGUAAAAGAGAAGAAAAAUACAUAACAGGCAACAGGAUAUGCUGCUGAAACCAUUUAAGUAGGUUUUUAAAUUUUAAACUCGUUUACGCUAUAGAGUUUUUGUCAUGAAAUACAAAUAUUGUUGUAUGAAUGUUGUUCAAUGUUGAUAUUUGUUUCGUCGCUAUAUAACAAAACACUUAACGUCUUUUCCCUCGGGAAAUAGUUAGUUUUGUUUUCCCUCGAAUCUCAAUGUUUCCCUCGACUUCGUCUCGGGAAACAUUGAGAUUCUCGGGAAAACAAAACUAACAAUUUCCCUCGGGUGCAGACAUUAAGUGUAUAUUAUCUUGGCAAGGGUGUGGCCACAGUCUUUGGAAAAAUAUAUUAUCCCAUAUAUGCCAUAGAUAUCUUAAAUACACUAGAUAGUGCAUCUAAUUAUUUUGCAAUUCAAAAAUUGAAGCCGUGAUUGCAGUCUCAGGUCGUUCCCAUGAAAUGAGAAGAUUCGUAUGUUUUCUAUUUCUUAAACAGGGAACUUAAACAUUAAGUUAACCCUAUGCCAAAUACGUUUUUAAACUAUUCAAAUGAUGAAAGUUAUUGUUGUUUUUAAUCAUUUAUUAGCAAGUGGGAACGACCAAUAUGGCCGCCAUCUAUUCAAAUGGGGGUAACCGCUGGAAUAUUCUUGGCUUCAUUUUUAAUAAAAGAGAUGCGCUAUCUAGUGUAUAUAAGAUAUCUAUGAUAUAUGCCAAGACUUGAGAACGGUGAUUUAUUAAGAAGGCUUCCUCUCAUUGGUGGGCGAAAUGCGUAUACUGACUGUUAUAUACUAGCUUGUAAAGAAAUGCCUCUUAGGAUAGUUCCACCAUAUCUGCUAAAUUAUUUUAAGCGUAACAUGUUACUUAAUCAUUUAUAUAGAAUUUUAAUUUUUACGAGCAUUUCCUUACCAAAGUUCUGCUGGAGAAAUUAGACGCUCGUUUUACUAUAAUGAACUUCACAUUAUAAUUAUAGCUUCGCAAGUCAUGUAAAACUCAAGAGACAUUACAUGCAGUUAGGCAAUAUGGGGUGAUUUGUAUAAAUACAUAUAUAUGAAAGAAAUAUGAAAGAAAUUUCAACCCAUCAGUGCAGAUAAGAUAUCCGAACUGUAAUGUGACACUGUCAUAGCAAGAAUUUUUCUGAAUAAUUUCUAUUCAGAUAGAUAACAUAGUGUAUUAUUCUUUAUCACAACUUAUUAUUGAGACCAUUGGUUCUCUCUCUCUCUCUCUCUCUCUCUCUCUCUCUCUCUCUCUCUCUCUCUCUCUCUCUCUCUCUCUCUCUCUCUCUCUCUCUCUCUCUCUCUCUCUCUCUCUCUCUCUCUCUCUCUCUGUCUCUCUCUCUCUCUCUCUCUCUCUCUCUCUCUCUCUCUCUCUCUCUCUCUCUCUCUCUCUCUCUCUCUCUCUCUCUCUCUCUCUCUCUCUCUCUCGUUUGACCAGUUAACGUCUAUAAUAUUUCUUCCUGUCAUUCAUUAAUUUAGGAUUGUGUUGUUCCAACUUAAGCACAAGUGCUGUGACCCUUUCUUGGAAAGAUGCCCCUCUUAUUCAAGAAACUGAUCAUAUCACAUAUAUCUUAAUCGGGAGAGAAAAAGAAAAAAGAGAUUCGGAACAGGUAGUGCUUUUUAAUUUUUUGAGUCUGGCAACAAAAAUUACAAUUUUGUUACCAACUUUGCUCAGAUAGCUAUUUUCAAUAUUUUUGUGAAAUUCUGUGAAAAUGUCUUAAAUUUCUUCUUUUUAGCUUUAUGAAGGGAAACUAACAAGCUUCGUGUAUGGUAAUGUGACGUCGGAGAAAAGCUACAGUUUCCAGGUUUGUGCUGUACGGACAGUGGAAAACGGAGCAAAAAUUCAAAGUCCUUUUUCUGUUGUUUUAUCGUUGACUAUUCCUUCUGAAGUAACGCAAAUUGCACCUAUCGCGCUAGGAAACCAAGCUUCCAGAGAAAACCAUUCACAACUCAGAAAACUUUCUGAAAAACAGUUGGCUGGGAUCUUUUUCCUAGGGUUUGCUUUCGUUGUAUUUCUUAUUUCACUGCUUGUUUCAUUCCUUGUUAGUUGAGAUCUUUAUAGGUUCUCAAGAAACCUGUAAGUGGCUUAAUAUAUUGUAAGCUGGCUUCUUAAAAUGUGCUUUGGUGUUAAAAACAAUUUAAUUUAUGUUGACAUAGAAGAAAUUAAAUUAAUAUUAUUUCUUAAUAUGAAGUAUGCAUGUUAUAACUAUUAAUGUAAUAAUCUCGUACGUGAUGACUUACAAAGUGAGUUAAUGUAUAUAUGUACCACAGAAGUUGGUUUUCCUGUCAAAUAUAUCAUUAAAGGCUAAUAUAUUUCGUGAUGAUACUCACCUAUGCUUAUGUGUGUCUCGAUACAGCCAUAGGAGCAAUAUAGGCAUUACAUUAAUUGCAGUGACGUUCAUGACGUUUAGUUUUUUUACGUCUGUGAUCAGCGGAACGCUUCCUGGAAAUAAUUAUGGAAUAUGCAUUGGCCACAUGUAAUACAAAUUGCAGUAACGUCUCGUUAAAAAAUCGAUAACAUUGAUUUAUUUUGGUGUUAUAUAAGAC